AUGGAGAAACCACCCGUGCUGGGCACAGAAAAUCGGUCAGCGAUAAGAGCCGCAAUGAUCAUCCAGAAUUGGUACCGAGGUUACAGCACCCGGUUGAAGGCCAGACAACGCUAUGCCCUCACCAUCUUCCAGUCUAUCGAAUACGCUGAUGAGCAAGGCCAAAUGCAGCUAUCCAACUUUUUUUCCUUCAUGUUGGAAAACUAUACAAAAGCACAUGAGGAAGAACCAGAAUUAAUAACUCGACUUUUUGGUAGCAACCUCCAGUACAAGGAUAGAGAGGACUAUGUGAAGAUGAUAGAUGUCCCGGACUCCUACAAUGGUCCUCGGCUGCAAUUCCCACUCACUUUUACUGACAUUGAUUUACUUCUUGAGGGCUUCAAGCAGCAAAAGAUACUUCACGCCCAUUAUGUCUUAGCGGUGCUAUUUGAAGCCAAGAAAGUCUUGAUGCAAAUGCCGAAUAUCUCUCACAUAAAAACUUCUCCCUCCAAAGAGAUAACAGUCUGUGGUGAUUUGCAUGGGAAACUGGAUGACCUUUUUUUGAUCUUCUAUAAGAAUGGUCUUCCCUCAGGAGAAAACCCAUAUGUUUUUAAUGGUGAUUUUGUAGAUAGAGGAAAAAAUUCCAUAGAGAUUCUAAUGAUCCUGUUAGUGACUUUGCUUGUUUAUCCCAAUGACCUGCACUUGAACAGAGGGAACCAUGAAGAUUUUCUGAUGAAUCUCAGGUAUGGCUUCACAAAAGAAAUUAUGCAUAAAUACAAGCUAUAUGGAAAACAAAUCUUGAAAAUCUUGGAAGAAGUCUAUACCUGGCUCCCAAUUGGUACAAUAGUUGACAAUGAAAUUCUGAUCAUACAUGGCGGGUUAUCAGAGUCCACAGACUUGAAUUUACUUCACCGAAUAGAAAGAAACAAAAUGAAAUCUGUGCUGAUGCCACCAAUUCCAUCAGAUGGAGACUCUACCACUGACUUUAGGAUAAGUAAAAUAGGUGGCGGGGGACUCAGAACAAAUGUAUCCCUUUCUGACCAGUUAUUACAGCAUGAAUGGGAACAGGUUAUCGAUAUUCUAUGGAGUGAUCCCAGAAGCAAAAGAGGCUGUUAUCCAAACAAAAGUCGAGGAGGAGGCUGCUAUUUUGGACCAGACGUUACUUCCAAGAUUCUUAAUAAAUAUCAUUUGAAGUUGCUCAUUAGGUCUCAUGAAUGUAAGCCCGAUGGUUAUGAAGUCUGCCACGAUGGGAAGGUUAUUACUGUAUUUUCUGCUUCUAAUUAUUACGAAGAAGGCAGCAAUCGAGGAGCUUACCUCAAACUGGGUUAUAGUAUGGUCCCUAGAUUUGUCCAGUAUCAAGUAACUAAGUCAACGUGCCCAAGGCCUCUUUACCAAAGGGUGAGUACUAUUGAAAGCAGUGCCAUCAGGAUACUAAAAGAGAGAAUGAUAGCGCGAAAAACUGACCUUGUUCAUGCUUUCGAACUUCACGACCGCAGUAAAUCAGGAAGACUUUCUCUGAGCCAAUGGGCUUUUUCCAUGGAGAGCAUUUUGGAGCUGAACUUACCAUGGAGAUCCCUGAGUUCGCGUCUGGUAAACACAGACAAAGAUGGAAAUAUUGACUACAUGUCCAGCUUCCAGGAUGUCCAAAUUCAAAAACCUGUGAAAGAGGUUCAUUCUACUCUCAUUGAGACUCUCUACAGAUACCGAUCUGACCUGCAUAUCAUAUUUAAUGUCAUUGACACUGACCACUCAGGCAUGAUCUCCAUGGAGGAAUUUCGCGCCAUGUGGAAACUUUUCAAAAAGCACUACGGUGUUCCUGUUGAUGAUUCUCAAGUGGAUGAGCUCGCCAACAAAAUGGACUUAAACAAAGAUGGCAGCAUUGAUUUUAACGAGUUUUUAAAGGCUUUCCAUGUAGUGCAUAAAUUUGAUACAUCGCACAAAUCAGACAAGCUUGUUCUUGAAGAUUGAGGACUUCCUCCAGGCUCCGUAUAUACUGGGUUCAAAGACACAGUCUUUCCUAGGCCCUUGAAAUUCACAGUCAGUAGUAGAGAAGAGUAGACCCUAACUUACUCCACAAGUCGAAGCAUAGUGUGGGCGGAAGUGCCUAGUGAAUUGUUGCUGGUAAGACUAGGUUAAAUGGCACCUGAUAAGAUUUGGCUCCACUCUUACAAACCACACAUUGCCAGUCAGAAACUAGUUUUGAGCCUUGUCCCAAUCUCUUGGAUGCCACCUAACCAGGAGAGGAGAGC